UGGCACAUCGCUCAAAAAUCAGGCAAAGUAGAGUUGAUUUUUCGUUGUCACGGUGAUUCGUAGACAAGCUGAAUAUUUUGAUAAAGGACAUUCAAGCGCAAAAUGUCUGAGACAACAUGUAAAAUCUUUUACAUUUUCCCAAAUUUAGACAAAUAUGAGGGAGAAUGCUAUCAUACAUCAGAUGGUGUGGUGAUCAGGAAAGGGUUUGGCACACAGACAUCAGCCUCUGGAGUUACAUACACUGGUGAAUGGAACAAUGAUAAGAUGAAUGGCAGUGGAACUCUUUCACAUCCAUCAGGAGCAAUUUACAGAGGUCUGUUUAGAAAUAACAUGUAUCAUGGAAAAGGAACUUACGGAUUUCCUGAUGGGACAGAAUACAAUGGAACCUUUAACAAUAAUAGAUUAGAGGGUAAUGAAGAGUUCACAGAUUCGCAAGGACAUGUGUGGACCGGAAUGUUCCACACCAAAGCAGCACUAGGACUGAAGCUUAAAGUCAACAUGUAGCAUGCACUGAUAUACACAAACACACUGCAAUUACUACAGUUAAAUUGUUCGUUUACAUGAGUCUGAAUUGGAUGGCAUAUGUAAAUCGUCAACUAAAAAGUGCUAUAUUCAUUUUAUGUUUAUAGCUUUGGACAAACUGAACUUAACAAGUGUCCGUAGAGUCACUUUUUUUCCUAAAUAAUAAGCAAUAUACAAAAGGCUUAUUUUUAAACACAUAAUAAUUUAUAAGGUUUAUCAGAUCAUUUAGAAGUGCAAGUAAAUGAAUAAUAAAAAAAUAAAUGUACAUUAACACAUUGUUUAGACAUAGUAAUAGGUAUUCAGUAUGUUAAUAAAUGCUUUUAUUAAAGGUGCAAUGUGUAACAUUUAGAAGGAUCUAGACAUAAAUUGAAUAUAAUUUAAUAUAAAGAGUAUAAUAUAAAGAGGUUUGGUUGACUAUAAUUGGCCCCUAUGUCAGAGAAAUCAUCAAUGGCAGUUUGUCCUCUGGUACUGUGCCAUCUUUUUGUAAAAAGGCUGUUGUUGAACCUCUGAUUAAAAAAAGUGGUCUUGACCCAACAACUUUAUCAAAUUAUCGGCCAAUUUCUAAAUUACCAUUCCUGUCGAAGAUUUUAGAGAAGAGUGUAUUUGCACAGUUGCAGCCUUUUUUAGAUGCAAAUUGCAUUCUUGACACUUUCCAGUCAGGUUACAGAACCUUCCAUAGCACUGAGUCUGAACUUUUAAAGGUUUUUAAUGAUUUAUUUUUAAUAACUGAUACGGGUGAUUCUGCUGUUUUAGUACUUUUAGACCUGACGACUGCUUUUGACACAGUUGACCACACAAUACUUUUAUCUCAUUUGGAAAAUUGUGUGGGUGUCAGAGGAACAGCGCUAGAGUGGUUCAGGUCGUACCGGUCUGGGAGAUGUUUUACUGUUAGACUGGGGGACUCCACUUCGUCCACCUGAGUCCCCCAGGGAUCAAUUCUUGGGCCCAUUCUUUUUGCCUUAUAUCUUCUCCCUCUCAGUGUGAUUUUUAAAAGACAUGGUAUCUCAUAUCAUUUUUAUGCAGACGAUUGCCAAAUAUACCUGCCACUGACUAAAAAUGAUCAUGCUCCUCUGACACCCCUACUUGAGUGCUUAAGUGAUGUCAAGGCUUGGUUAGCUCAGAAUUCUUUAAUUCUAAAUGAGGGAAAGACUGAAAUAAUGUUAUUUGGUCCCCCUCAAUAAUCAUGUGCAUCCCAUAGCCACCAGCCGUCACUAUAGACAGUGAUUUUAAACUGGAUAAACAAAUUAACAAUGUCGUUAAAUCAUGUUUUUUCCAUCUUCGGCUUUUAUCUUAAAUUAAACCUUUUUUAACGUUGAAACAUUUUGAGCUAGUCAUGCAGGCUUUUAUUUCUUCACGUCUGGACUACUGCAAUUCACUUUAUACUGGAAUAUCCCAAAAUGCACUUUCGCGCCUGCAGUUAGUCCAGAACUCUGCGGCUAGACUUUAAACAGGAACCAAAAAGCGCGAACACAUCACCCCCAUCCUCGCCUCAUUGCACUGGCUUCCUGUUCGAUUCCGAAUCGAUUUUAAGAUUUUAUUGUUUGUUUUUAAAGCGCUGAGUGGACUGGCCCCUCAGUACAUCACUGACCUCAUCCAAAUUUAUACACCAGCGCGUUCGCGUGAGGUCAAAUGGCCAGUUCCAGCUUGUGGUUCCUAAAUCCAGACUCAAAUCCAGAGGGGACCGGGCCUUCUCUGUAGUUGGCCCAAGACUGUGGAACGCUCUGCCUCCUCUGGUCCGUGCGGCCCCCACAGUUGAAUGUUUUAAGUCUCAUCUUAAGACCCACUUUUAUUCCUUGGCUUUUAACACUGCGUGAGUUAUGUGGUCCUGUGUCUUUUAUUAUUUUGUUUUUAUUUAUUUAUUUUAAAUGAUUGUGGUUUUGUACUUGUGUGCUUUUCUAUUGUCUUUGAACAGCACUUUGGAGACUGUUCUUGUCGGCAAAAUGUGCUAUAGAAAUAAAGUUGAUUGAUUGAUUGAUUGAUACUAUACAUCACUGUGUUUUCAGUGGUGUGUAAAGACUAUACAUAAUGAAAAUAUAUGUUUUUAUUACCUUAGAAUACGCCGUUUUUAUCUACAUACACCACGGGUCCCCUAACAUGGAAGUCACCAUCAUGUUUCUACAGUAGCCCUUAAUGGACAAAUUGUUAUCAAGACUGCGUUUUGUCACUACUUUAUUUUAGGUUUACUUCCUGACUCCUGAGAUACCUCCAUCAUCCUGUCCCACAAUUCUAUGCGUGUGGGUGCAUGGGGAAUGUGAUUAGUCGAGUUCGAAAAAAAAAUGACGGCCAAGAAAGCAGCUGGAGCACAAAUUUAUUGUAAAUAAAUUUAUAUUUUCACUUUUUACACAUUUUAAUUUCAUUUCUAGCGAGAAAUUAGUAUUGCAGUUUUCAAAUAUGUGAUUAGUUAUCACAAAGGCGCUCUCUUUUUAUAUUUCAAACACGCUGCCUAUAAAGUGUGUCCGAAAGCGUUUCCCUGAGGUGCCUUCAUGCCUCCGAAGUCAUUGCCUCAUGAGGCAGCGAGGCAACAGGACAGCUGCCUAAGUUUUCAGACACAGCCGUUGUCUCAGACGAUGAUAUGUUUUCCUGUGGCGGCUACCAUAGUUUUACUACGUGUUUUGAA